AUGAGUCAGACGGUUAACACUCGAAGGUUCGCUCGUCUCGUGCGAGAUGGAUUGAUCAAGACACUUAACGGUAUUUCCAAUGGUGAGUUGUCCCAAAUCCUGAUCUUGCAGGCUGAACUGGUGUCAUUUCUCAACAACGUGUGCACGUACAGCACACUGACGGAAUCUACAGCAGUUGCUAAAAUAGUGACUGCUGAUACGAACUGCUACACCGUUUUAAAUGAAUUGAUGGCAGAGGAAGAGUUUCAGCUGGUUUUCGUGGCCGAUGUGCGAUCUGAUUUGCGAGUGCCCGCUGAAUUCGGCAAAUACAUCCAGAAGUUCGAGUCGCAAUCUCCACAAUUAGUGUACCUGACGUGGGAAACAAAUCCAUCCAAUAUACCGAGCAAACUCCCGCAUUUCUUGGAGUUUCAGCUGGGACACAACGUGGGGCUUCACCCGUGGUUCGCGCUGCCCACCAGCGUGUUGGACGAUAAUUUGUUGAAUGCAAAUGUUUUGUACAACAGCGAUGGCGAGAGUCUGUACAUGCCACCAUCCGAAUCGAUGCAGAAGUCGUCGCGUGGUAUCCUGAUACAAAACAUGUCAAGCGCCGUCCAAGCGAUUUUGAAAGAGUCAGGUCUGUCAGUGACGCACGCAGUUUCGUUAGGCAAAAACUCUCAUAAGUUGGUGGAUCAUCUAAGGCGGGAAUUAGAAAGUCGCAAGGACGAAGUGGACGCGUUUGUGGACAAUACAUUGUAUGGUGCCCGUCAUUCCGGAUUACAGUGUAACCUAAUUGUACUGGAAAGAGAUAUAGAUUCUCUCACGCCUCUCUGCUCGCAACUGACUUACGCGGGAAUUUUGGAUGAUCUUUACGAAAUGAAACAUAAAACUUUGAUACAUCAACCGCCUUUGACGGAUAUCGACGCGGUGUCUCUCGAUUACGACAAGGACGAGGUGUGGAACGAGCUGAAAUUCAAGAAUUUCGGAGCUCUGGGUUCACGUCUCAACGAACUUGCACGAGAGUUACAAGCGGGGUACGAUUCGCGGCACCAAGCCGAGAGUGUGAGCGAGAUAAAACAGUUUGUAGAAAACCUGGGAGGCUUACAAGAACGACAAAAGCUGCUGAAGCUUCACACGGCGUUGUCUUCCAAAGUAUUAAAAGAAGUGGCAGACAAAGAUGAAGGAGAGGGCGAAUCGCUUUUCAAUCGCGUUAUGGAAAUUGAACAAGAUUUGAUAGCCGGAAAUCUGGGCCAGCGCUCCAAUUGCGAAAAGAUUUUAGAGCUGUUGCAUGAGGGAUGCUUAUCCUUUUCUGGUGUGGUCAGACUAUGCUGCAUUUUUUCGUUGGCCCGGAACGGCAUUCGUGAUCGGGAAUACAAUCUGCUUCGCACUGAAAUCGUUGAUACAUGGGGAGUAGAAGCUAUGUUUGGCCUACAAAGAUUGGCUAGGGCUGGAAUGUUUCUCAGCAAGGCUACUUUCGCGAAAUACUCGCCCUGGACAGAUUUUGACACGUUUGCAGCUUACUUGGACCUAGUGCCUCAGUCUGACAGAGACGGCGACCCAUGCGACCCAGGGGACCCACAGGACAGUUCCUUUGCAUACUGCGGAAUCGUGCCCAUUAUGACGCGAGCAGUGCAGCUCUUAUACGACCGGUCCAUUGUAAGCAAGACCUUUUCUUCGCAGCAGCCAUUCAUCAUUUCACGCACGCCGUCGUGGCGAGGCCUGGAAGAGCUAUUCACACAGCACUAUGGGCCUGGAAUCGCGCGGGAACAGGUUUGGGACGAGUCUGCCUCUGCACGGACCAAAAUGAUCGGCAAACCUGCCAAGGGGGUGGCAGAUCCGGUGCUGCUGGUGGCGAUUGGGGGUAUCACGAUGGGCGAGAUGGCCACGUUGCAGUUCUUGGCCCGCCAGCUGCGCCAGAAGGGCUUGCACAAGAGGUUUAUAGUGGUCACGGACGGAGUUGUUGGCGCUGCGCGCCUGACGAGCUGUUUGCCCGGGAAAGCGCUGCAAUAG